AUGGCCUCCCAAAUCCUGGCGAGUCGUUCGGAACGAUUUGGCGUCGACAUUCCGCUCGAAGACGAAUUUAGAACCGCGCCGGGGCACAGCAGCAGCAUGAGAGAGUUUGCUCAUACCAGUGACGCCAUGUCCUCCAAAAUUAUCGCCGGUGCUACUGGUGCUAAUGAUCAGAAUCCGAGUCGUGGUUUUCCGAGUUCGAAUCGGCCAGUUCUUGAUUUCCCGCGUGCCGAGACCACCCGUUGCCACGUCAGCAUGCUUCUCGACCAGUUGGAGGAGCGAUGCCGCCUCGCGGCGCAAACGCGGCAGCGGUACUAUCGAAGCUCGAGUUUCACCCGCGGCGCGCCGCCGAACCAGCGAAUCGAUCCGUAUCACUACCCGCCGAGUUGGCGGGAACCGUGGCUCGUUGGCAGCUUCGGGCCGAGGCUGGAGGCUCGGUUCGAGGUCGGGGAAGAGCUGGGGCGCGGGCAUUUCGGCGUGGUGCGCGCGUGCCGGGAGCGGGGCCGCGGAGCAACGUUUGCUUGCAAGACUAUCAGCAAGGAGCUGCUUCAGGGCUCGCGCGAGAUGGAGGAGCUGCGCGCCGAGGCUCUCACGCCACUGCUGCUGCAGCAGAUGGCGGAAGAGAAGGAAGACGAGAGGGCAAGAGAAGGGGAAGAGAUGGAAGCAGUCAACCCAGUCGACCCAGUCAACCGAAUCAACAGCAUCAGCACCAGCACUGGGAGGGCCCCCUGGGAGGGCCUGGUGCGUGUACAUUCAGUGUACGAGGACAGCUGGGGAGUGCACCUGGUCAUGGACCACUGCAGCGGAGGAGACCUGUUUGACCUCGUUGACCAGUACGCUGAGUCAGCAGGCAUGCCCGAACAGCUGGCAGCGGCUGUCGUGGGCCAGCUGGCUGACACGCUGGCGUGGAUGCACUCUGUGGGGGUGGUGCAUCGGGACUUAAAGCCCGAGAACAUUUUGCUGGCUCGGCCGUUCUCAGGGGAAGCGGGCACCCUUCCGAACCUCCACCUCUGCAUCGCCGACUUUGGACUGGCUCGGCGAUUGGCCCCUGGGGAGCACCUGACAGGCUUGGUGGGAAGUCCGUUUUACUUGGCCCCUGAGGUCGUGAAAGGUCAUCUGUAUGACCACCAGGUGGACGUUUGGAGCCUCGGGAUUAUCCUCUACACAUGCCUUUCUGGGAAGCUUCCCUUUCACGGGCCGAACCACAACGCCGUGUUUGCUGCUGCGUGCCGGGCAGCGCCGGACCUGGUCUCGCCGGAGCUGUGGGGCGGGGUUUCUGCCGAGGCUAAGGAUCUGGUUCGGAGGAUGCUGGAGAAGGAACCUGGGAGGAGGAUCAGGACUUGCGAGAUUCUUUCGCAUCCUUGCACGGAGCCGCAACGAGCCUCGUUCCUGCCAUGGGAUGGCGUUGGCUGCAACAGCACUGGAGCAAGCAGUGGCACAACAGGGAGCGUGACUGUAGCGAAUGUUGCUGUGAAGAAUUCCCCAAUUGGAGGCAUGAGCAGCCCAAGCAUCCUCCAAUCCCAACCUUGGCAGCCGAACCAAUUGAGUCAGUUCCAGCCUGCAUCAAGUCAACCAAGUCAACCCACUGCAUCACAUCAAUCAAGUCAUCCCAGUCAACCCUGUCAACCCAGUCAACCUAGUCAACAGGACCAGCCUUCCUGUGCUCAAGACACUGCUACCCUUCACCUCACUACCACACCCAUUCCCCAAGUAACUCCCAACACUGCAUCUGAUCCCAACCACACCACCACCCCUCCCAAAAAUGAUGCCACUUCUUCCCAUUCCCCCCCACGUCCCCGGCCCACACCCCCUCGCCCCCUCUCCAUCUCUCCCCCUCCCCCCGCUUCCCCUCGCACCCUCGCCACCUCUACUACUCCCCGCACGCCCUCUCGAGCUCUCUCCGCCCGUCCGCGCAAACCAACCGCCCAGUCACCACGCCCGGUCGCUCCUUCCCCACCAGCGCUCCCACCCUCGCUGCUGACUCAGCUCCGGGCUGACAGGGUGGCAGAUCUGAUGCGGCUGUUUCGAGCCUGCCAGGCGGGAAGCUCUGAUGACGUGGCAAGAUGUCAAGGCAGCAGUCCAGCAGUGAGUUCGGUGCAGGUGGAACAGAUAAAGACAUAG